CAAAGUCGCUUCCAACUCUGUUAUUGUAUUAUAUUGUAUUGUAUUGUAAUGUUAAAAUAAGAAUAGAUGUGUAUAAAGAAUUUGUUGAUAAAGCUAUAACUAUUAUGACACCCAAAAAAAUGUUCUCAGAUGACACACUGAUUGAUGAAUGAUGAUUUUUUUUUAAAGGAAAAAAAAGUUUUAUAAACAAAAGAAGCAGUAGCAGGCCCACUGCCUUCAAGGUUAAUGGCCAGUGUGGAAUUCCAAACUUUAAUUAUACCUUGUAUAAUUAUAUAAUUAUAAUAAUUAUUAUAGAUCAUUUUCUCUCUCCUUAUUUUUCCAGGAUUCUAAUUCAUUUGGUAACCUCUAAGUCUAGUAUUUUGGGAGGGUGAAAAUAGCUUAUCCUUGUUUACCUAUAUCAUGCAUACUUUUGUAGCUCUCCAUCGUGUCUUCCCAUUCAUCUCCUCCACAUUCAUCUCCUUGCUAGACUAAAACGCCCCAAACGGUGCACCCUUUCCUCUUGGGGAAGUCACUCUGACAUCUGGAUCAUCCUCUGAACUGUCUCUAACUCCACUAUUUCCUUUUGGAGCUGCAGCAAUGGCACAUAAUAUUCCAGAUGCGCUUUAGGAUAAGAUAAUGCAGGACCAUUGACAAGCAACCUGCUUGGUGAGCAGAUGCACAUUGAACACACUGCAGAGUCUCUAACCUGCACAAGCAGAUCCUGAGAAACCUAUGAUGAUCGCCCAUCAGUUGGAUGGCUAAUUCGGAAAAGUCCUCUUCACAUCCUUUCUCAGUAGUUUUUCCAUAAGCCACUGUUGCUUCUUACUCCUUCCAAUCGUAAUUGUAAAAUAUUUCACAAAGGCUAAUGGGAGGCAAUAUUUGUAGCUCAGGGUCAAACCGUGGGGUCCUCGAUGCUCUCCGAGCUUACUAACUAGAUAAUAUGGAUAUUCCUUAGUUGUGUAAUGAAACUUCUGGCAAGCUCAGAGAACACCGAGGACCCUCCACCAUUCAUGCACAGGUAAGGGCUUCUUUAUAUACACAACUACUUCAUCACAUUUCUUGGGAACAAGGCUGUGACUAUUCUUGACUCUCCUCCCAGCAGCCUUGGGCUUGCUGGCUUCCUCCAGCUGGGUUUGUGUCCCCAAUUCCUGCUCUUUUUCUCCAGUUAUUAUUUUAACACCGGGUGGCCUUUUUGCCGUCCCCUGAGGCUGGCUGCUCCUGCAACCAUGACUCCAUCAUGCCUUCCUGGGUGCUUUUAAAGAGGGGCCCCAGUUGGCUGCAUUCCAGGCAGCCCUUUCCUCCUCCCAGUUCCCACCAAAGGUGGAGGCCAUCCCAGCAGCCAUCCCAAGCAGCAGCCGGGAUGGCUUAAGGGGAUGGCGGGGCUGCAGAGCACCCAGGGAGCUGCCAUCUCCUCUGAUCCCGUCGGGAUGUAACGGGAAGACUGCAACCCCAGGAGGCUCUUCAGCCGCAGAGGCCCGUUGCCCCGGCCCCAGCGAUAGCAUCCAGCUCUCAUCUUCCUGGCUGGGAUAGGAGGCUCAGACCUGCCAGCCCUCGCCCGCCGGCCUUCUGGGCCGGUUGCUGCUCCUCGGAGGAACAGCCGCGGAUGCUGUUUCCAUGGCAGUUGCUUUUCCUGCUGGGAUGGUCAGCCCGGAUUGGCUGCGGCGGUGGAGUGGAAGAGGGUUGGAGGGGCGGGAACCAAACGCCGCCGCGCUUCUGCUGUUGCUGCACCGGCGGCGAAGGCAAAAGAGGGGCGGGGGCGCGGCUCCCUCUUGAAAUGGGCUGGGCUGGCAAAGUGCAACGGGAAGGUCGGGGCCCUGGAGACGCUCUCGGGCCGCUGAGCGGGAGCAGCUCCUGGGCAGCCCAGACUCCGCAGCCCAAGAGGUCUCCGGAACGCCGUCGAGCCCCUGGAGCUCUUGGUCUAGCCGGCCGGGCAGGCAUCGGAACCGGGGAGCGCCGCUCCGAGGCCCGCCACUGUAAAUGCCGCGGAGUUGGAGGGCCCGCCAUCCACCGGGCCCCACCUUCUCCCCAAGCACAUGCAGCGAGGCCAGCAGCCCCAACUGUCUCCGGCCCGCGAAGCCGCCGUCUGCCAGCGCCCCUGGCCUCCUCGGCUGGUCGGGGGUGUGUGUGACCGCACCCACCGGCCGCGUGUUGCCUGGUUUCUGGGCUGCUGGCAGGCGCUUCCCUGUGGAAACAGACACCUGCCAGCCGCUGAAUGGUUGAGCCCCACCCUCGAUGGCCAAUGGAAGCGCCGGCGCCGCAGAGAAACAUAAAACGGCCAAGGGGGACCGGCGGGGCUCGUGGCCCUGCGCAGGGCAUCCCUCUCCAGGCAGCCGCGACGCUCCCCUGGCACCCCCGGAUGCCCUUGCCCCGUGGGGUCCCAGCCUAGAUCCUGGUACGUUCGGAGCGGUGCUCCAACUGCCAGAGGUCAGCCUUCGAGGCCCCGGGAGAUUCCCGGCCUCGCCGCCGCGCUCGGCCGGUCAAAAACGAGCCUCCCCGCAUCCUUUGCGCCGACGGGGCUCAAGGGGCCAAUUCCGCCCGCCUUAGGCGGAGAGCGCGGCCAACGUGCCCCGCCAACUGGAGGCGGACGAGAAGGCCUGGCGGGCCGUCCGGGUAGCUCGGCGCUGCCUCUCCCGGACCAUCCCCCACUCCCCGGGAAUGACCUCAUCGCGAGGCGGCCUGCGCAGGGAGGGCUGGAGGGAGGCUGUCACUGGGCAAAUUCACUUGCGCCGCAGCCGCCGAGGCGAGGCGUUCGUCCUGGGCAGCCCGGCGCAUGUGCCAGCCGACCCCCCCCCCCCGAAGCAAUAAACGGUGAUGUCAGCGUGGGGUGGGGGGAGAGCGCAACAGAGACAGCAGCAAAAGCGCCCCCCGCAACCCUCCGCCUCGCGUCGCCAUUGGCUGCAGCCCGGCUCCAGUCCCGGCGACGCGGCGCUCGUUGGCUCGGCGGCGGUGGGGCUCAGCCAGCCAGGCAGCGGGAUCCCUCCACCGGAGGUCACGCGAGCAGCAGCUCGGGGGAGGAGGGAGGCCAGCGAGCGAGCGACGACAGCCCCGCCCCGGCGCAGGGCCCACUAGCGCCUGAAUGCCGCGCGACCCUUCGCUGCGCGCCAGCUCGGCCAAAACAAACGAGCCGUGGGCGAGCCUGUCCGGAGCUGUGCUCCGUGCUCAACGCCUCUGAAGGCUCAGCCCGGGCCAGGGAAGCGGUCCGACGGCUCUGGCCGGCAGCCGGCAGGAGGAAGCGCUGUCCCCUCACCGCUUUCCCAGCGGACUGGCCGGUGCUGGCGGGAGGCGCGGGCGGGCCUGGGCCCUUUGCUGAAGAAGAGCCUCCUUUUUCGGCCCAGUCGGGGGCUUAACAGAGUGACCGGAACCGGCCCCGCGCCCUGUUGGAGCAAAGAGGGGCUCCUGCUGUAGGGCAUCCCCAUAAAGACCCACUAAAGCCCCGCGCCCUACCCAAGGGCCUCCCGGCUAAAACAACCUCUGCUUGUCCCACCGCGGAGGAGUCCCGGUCGCCCCUCUGCCCACUUUCCCAGGGAAACCGAAGGCGGCGGGCUCCCAGAAGCGGCUCGGAGGCUGGCCUGGGCGCCUCGCUUACGGACGGGCUCCCGGAGCUUCCCGUCUGCGGGAAUCUCCGCUCGGCUCACGGUCCCGCUGUGCCGGCAGGAAAACCCGGGCUCGACUCCACAGAGGUCACCCGCCUUUGUCUGCCCUUUCCCGAACCUCCAGAAACGGGGCUGGAGGGCCGAUUGGCCCUGGGAGGGCGAGUUCUGCCCCAAAGAUUGGGGGCGCGACCUCAGGUCGAUGCGGGGCCGCUACCACGGAGCGCCCUCGCGAGCCCGGCUCCCGCUGUCCCUGAGCUCGUGCCUUCGAGGCCGCCGCAGCAGCGGGGCUGGCCAGAAUAGCGGGCUGGGUGGGGACGAGCGCCGAGCCGGAGAGGCGGCCGGGCAGGGCGCCCUCGCCCCUCCCGCGGGGGGAUCCCCGGCUCUGGCACAAGUCCGAACUUGCCUGGGGGCGGGGUCGGUGACGUCACGACGGGCGGGGUCUGCGGGCUGGCAGCUCUGCUCCGCGCGGCUGCCUGGCUCGCAGCGAGGAUCGUCCCGCCGCCGCGUCCGCUUGCCCUGCCUCGCCCGUGCCGCCGCUUGCGCCGCCCGUGCCAGUCGGAGCCCCGCUACCCCUGAGCCGCCCCGGAGGGUUCAUGCAGCUGCAAUCCCCGCGAGCGCCAUGGCUAGACCAUUGCAGGACCGGAGCCGAGCCCAGCCGACAGCAACUGUGCCCCGGAGCCCAACCUUCCCUGUGGGGGGGACGCUGGCCCUGCCGCCCUCCGUCAGCCGCCCGCCGCUCGCCUUGUCACCCGGGCUGAACUGCCUCUAUCGCUGCGGCCGGGCACCGGAGCCUCCCGGGAGCGCCCGUGCCAGCCUGCAGCCCACAGCGUCCUGCGCCCAAGAGGAAGCCCCCACAGAGCCCGAGCAAAGCGCAAGGGGGCUUAAUGGGCACCUCACAAGAACCCCGCUCAGCCUGGAGCAGGCCAUCGGGGCUCGGCUUCGCCACAUGGGAGACUCUUUCCAUCAAGACCACGAAGAGAGGGAGCGCAGGCCUCGGGGAGCCCUCUUGGCCCACUUGUACCACCUGGUCUUCCACCUAUUGGGCAUCUUGGACAACCUGCCUGCCAGGGGGUGACAGAAGAGCCUUGGAGCGCAGAGCCAUCCACUGAGCUGCUUUGGGACUUCUCUUCCUGCUGGCCAGGAGAACAGCAGCCUCAGUCGAAGAACAGAUGCCCGCCAACAGCCGGCCUCGAACUCACCAUGCUCGGAGUUUGCCCCCAGCCCAGCAGUGCCUUAUGGGGAGCUGCACGGAUGGGUGGGGGUGAGACAAGUUAGCACUAUGUGAAUAUUUUCCACUGAGCCUGUGGAUUCGCGGGUUGGGGAAGAAGAAAAUUGCACUUGCCACCUCAACUCAAGAGGGGCGGCCGACAAUGGCCACUGUAAAUAGGCCCUGGACUCUCUUAUGCAGAAGAGGUAGGUGGGGGGGAGGGGGCGGCGAGAGAAGAGAACCUGCACACGGGUGCAGCUGCUGCUGCUGUGUGUACAUAGACAGUCUUCAUGCCUGCGCACAGGAUACAACUGGGUGCUACCUGUACAUAGCUGAGCGGUUGGGUUGUCCGUAUCUUGUGGAGAGGUGGAAAUUUUUUUGUAUAUUUCCUUUUCAAUAAAACCGGAUGG